AGAAGAGCAGAUGCAGUUUUGUUAAGCAGACUCUACCCAGCUCAACAUAGCAGCAACAAGGGACAGAAAGCAGAUUAAAAAAUCAGAAAUUAUUUAAUACACUGCAGUCAGUGGUCCCAGAUGUUUCACAGGAAGAAUCAGUUUAAUGAAGAAAGCCACUCUCUUAUCCCAAAGCCUCGGGGAAAUCGGGCUCAGCUGAUGAGCUGCUUCUUGCUUCUUCUAUGUGCCUUCACCCUGUAUCUCACCGGACAAAGUCUUUACCUGGCUCUGCAGUGUCUUAUCACUCAUUUUAUACUGUUGCAUGUUGGAACACUGCUGAAGGGGCUCUGCAACUUCACAGAAGAGGUGCAUCAUGUGACAUCCAGGUACCAUGGGAACUAUUUGUGGGCCCUGGAUGCCUGUCUGGAGCUACGGCGGCAUGCUGUCUUCUUUCUGCUGUUGCCUGUGUCAGCCUACCUGCUUUUCAAGGAAACUGAGCUGCCAUCAUGUUUAAACCUGAGCCUUAUGUGCUUUUGCCAGCUUUUGAGCAUCGUCUUCCACCUUCAGCGGCCCUCAGCUGCAGAGAUUUCUCAACAAUAUGAACAAAACAACUGCAAUGUAGCACAAGGACUUGCUUGGUCAUACUACGUCGGGUAUUUGAAGUUUGUUUUGCCUUGCCUCAAAAACUCAAUCAGAGAAUUCAAUUCUAUUCAGUUAGAGAAAAGAAACAGUGAACUGCUGAUAUGUGAGAAGACUGCAAAACUGCACAUCCUGAUUCCCCUAAGCUGUGAUGUGUAUGAUGACCUGCAGAAGGCUGACAGCCAUAUUCAUUUCAUAAAUAACCUCCCAGAAAUGACAGUGGAUCGAGCUGGCAUUAAAAAAAGAAGCUAUAAAAAUAGUAUUUAUGGAAUACAAGGAGCAGACCAAAAGACUGAUUAUUGUGUCCUGGAGUAUGCCACCCCUUUGCAAUCCCUUUAUGCCAUGUCCCAAGAUGAAAAUGCUGCCUUUAGCCGGCAAGAUCGUAUAGAGCAAGCCAAACUUUUCUGCAGAACACUGGAAGACAUCUUACAGAGAAGUAAAGACUGUUCUGGCUGCUACCAACUCAUUGUGUAUGAUGAUUCGAAAGAAAAUGAUAAGCAUUUUCUCUCCAAGACAAUAACACGAAAUAUAAGACAACAGCAGGAGGAGGAAUACACUGUGUGUGAAACAGAACAAAACUGCACCCAGUCACCAAACAGUCUGUCUGGUGGGAUUGAGCUCCUGAUAAGUGGAUCAGAUCAGCCUCUAUCUUUGCACAGUGAUGGCUACUGAAAUAAAUUAGGCUUUUAUGCUUUCAUCUCACACUUCUAUGUCCCUUUUCCUGGAAAUCACUGGGAUUGCUUCCAUUGACUCCACAUAAUAUAACUCUCCCACUAGUGGGACACAAGGGAAGGCCCAUUCAGCAGUUAGUGCACAAGCAGGUAUGUGUAGGGAGAUGCAACCUUUUAUCUAUCAAGGUCCCAGGCUGUUUAGGGGCCCAUUUCAUCCCUAGCGUUAACAAGGGAAGUAUCUGUCAGAAUCAGGAAACUCAGAACUUCUGUGCAAUCAAUGAGUCAUGUUUGCUGAAGUAGAACAUAACUUUUUUGAAAGUCACAAAGGGCCGAACAGACAAGCCAAAAUAAAGCUGCUUCGGGUCACUUUGGAGGUAUGCUAUUU